UGUUUACUUGGAAGUAGGUCCCAGUGUGUUCAAGGGGGCUUACUCCCAGGGCUGAAGAAGAAUGUCUUUAUUUAAAGCUCGUGACUGGUGGUCUACAGUAGUUUGCAAUAAAGAGGAAUUUGAUCAAGGAUGCUUAUGUGUUGCAAAUGUUGACAACAGCAGCAGUGGACAAGAUAAAAUAAUUGUGGGCAGUUACAUGGGAUUUCUUAGAAUCUAUAAUCCCCAUCCUGCAAAACCUGGAGAUCCUAUGCAAGCUGAAGAGUUACUCUUAGAAACGCAAUUACGCGAACCGAUACUGCAAGUGGAAGUAGGAAAAUUUGUUUCUGGUACAGAACUGCUUCAUCUGGCUGUGUUACACUGCAAAAAAUUGUGUGUGUAUGCUGUCUCAGGAACUUUGGGAAACACAGAACAUGGAAACCAAUAUCAGCUCAAACUUAUGUAUGAACACAAUCUGCAGCGAACAGCAUGCAACAUGACUUAUGGGCCUUUUGGAGGGAUAAAAGGUCGGGAUUUGAUUUGUAUACAAUCUAUGGAUGGAAUGCUCAUGUUGUUUGAACAGGAAAGUUAUUCUUUUGGCCGCUUUCUACCAGGCUUCCUUCUGCCUGGUCCAUUAACCUAUAGCUCUCGAACAGAUUCCUUCAUUACCGUCUCUUCUUGUCGGCAGGUUGAGAGCUACAAGUACCAAGUGCUUGCAUUUGCAACAGAUGCUUCCAGACAAGAAACGGAGCAACAAAAACUAGGUGCUGGAAGAAAACUCGCGGUGGACUGGAUUUUAAACAUUGGAGAGCAAGCUCUGGAUAUAUGUGUUGUCUCUUUCAAUCAGACUGUUUCAUCUGUAUUUGUUCUGGGGGAAAGAAACUUAUUUUGCCUUAAGGAUAAUGGACAAAUUCGGUUCAUGAAAAAGCUUGACUCCAGUCCAAGUUGCUUUCUUCCUUAUUGUUCAGUGUCUGAAGGAACAAUAAACACUCUAAUUGGAAACCACAACAGCAUGUUACAUGUUUAUCAAGAUGUGACUCUGAAGUGGGCAACUCAGCUGUCCCACGUUCCUGUAGCAGUAAGAGUGGGGAAUUUCCAAGAUUUGAAAGGUGUGAUAGUUGCACUGAGUGAUAGCGGCUGCCUACAGUGCUCCUAUCUUGGUACAGAUCCUUCUUUAUUUCAAGCUCCUAAAGUUGAAGCUAGGGCUAUAAAUUAUGCAGAAUAUGAUGCAGAAAUGAAUAAACUUCAGAAAAUCAUAAAAGAGGCCACAAAAACAAAAGAUGUUUUGCUCAGAUCAGAAAAAAAUGAAGAGUUGGCACUUUCUGUGGAGGUCCUGACUGCUCUCGAUUCAGUAUCUAAAGCCGUUGAUAGUGAAGUAAAAGCAGAGGUGGUUCCUUCAGUGACAGUAAAGAUCAAACUGGAGAGCAGACGGACACCACUGAAAACAAAAUUAACAGUAUGUGUGCAGCCUCCUUUAGCAGUGACCCGUGACAAGUUCAUCUUGGAAUUAGAGACAGCUAAAUCUAAAACGGUUGUACUUUCUGCCUUUUUAAAGGGGAACUGCCCACCAGCAGAUCUGGAAGGUAGUGCCUUUGCUUCAUAUAGCACACCGACAGGUAUACCAAGAGUUGCCCAGUGCAAAUUUCGAUUCCCCUUGAAAUUAGUUUGCUCUUCAGCUCAGCCUUCAAAAACUGCAAACCAGAAGUUAACCAUUGACACCAACAAACCUCCAGUUAACCUUAUUAACCUUUUCCCAGACUUUGCUGAUAAGGCUGAUGAAGAUCAACUGAAUGCUGUAGGAUUUCAAUUACUAGCUGGCUCCAAAAUCACAGUACUGGCUUCAAAAUCAUCACAGCGUUACAGAAUUCAAAGUGAACAAUUUGAAGACAUCUGGUUAAUUGCAAAAGAACUGGUUCUUCGUCUUGAGAAACAUUUCAGGAAACGAAACUGCAAAGACUUCGCGUGUACCUUUUCAGACCCAAUCCCCUUACAAGAAUAUUUUGAGAUAAUUGAUCAUCAUUUUGAGCUGCGCUUGAAUGCUGCAAAAUAUGAGCAGCUAUUAUCUGAAAGAGCCAUACAGUUUAGAGCUAUUCAGAGACGUCUGCUUGCACGGUUUAAAGAUAAAACUCCAGCUCCUCUUCAACAUCUGGACACCUUGCUAGAAGGAACUUACAGACAGGUAAUAGCUCUAGCAGAUGCAGCUGAAGAAAACCAAGCCAAUAUGUUCCAGGCAUUCUCAAAGCUAAAAAGUGCCACCCAGCUGGUAAUUCUGCUUAUUAGCCUGUGGCAGAAAUUGAGUGCUGACCAAGUUGCUAUUCUGGAAGCUACAUUUUUGCCAUUAACACAGGAUACUCAGGAACUGGGUUGGGAAGAAAGUGUGGAUGCUUCAGUCUCUCACUUGCUGAAAACAUGUUUGUCCAAGAGUUCUAAAGACCAUGCCCUGACUCUUGCCAAUCAGUUGAGUAUCCCUAAGGAUACUAACAGGCUGAAGAAACACAUAACCUUGCUGUAUGAUAGACUGGCCAAAGGUGGUCGUAUGUCUCUAAAUACGGACACUGACUCUCAACAACUUACAAUGUUGCCAGGAAGCUGUGAUACCAUCCCAGAAUCUGACUUGGAGGAUAGGCCAUCCUCUCAGGACUCCACAACGAUGUUUACCAACCACAAGCACCUCACCAAGCAGAAGACAGAACCCGAUUUGCCACAGGAUGAAUUACAGGAAGCAGAAAAGCCAUGAAAAGCUCAAGAGAACCCUCAGGAGGAUUUUUAAAUCUGUGCAUUUACCAUCCAGCAGGACCAAUUUAUUUUCCGCUGUAGCGAACACAGCCGACCUCAAGAAGAAAGUCCAAUAACAGUGCAAAAUACUUCCAGCUACAUCCACUCACCUGGCUCUCCUUUUACCAGCUACAAAUCUUUUGGCAU